AUGGCUUGUACGAGUCCCAACCAAUGGACACUGGCGUCACCCAGCACGAGUAGCAGCAGUCGCAGUAGUCGUCUGCACUUGGUCAGUGACGAGGUCUCACACGAAGAGCAGGAGACGGAUGACCACGAAAUGAUCGACCAUGUUCGACAGCUCAUCAUCGACUUGCUCCUAUCGCGUGUAUUGAUGGAGCUCGCUAGCGAGCAGGACAACCUCCGAUUGGCUGCAAAUGCGGGCAAUGCAUUGCUAGAGGAGCUGCAAACGGCACGUGAAGAGAUCGACGCCUUACACGACGAACUGGAAGCUGUACAAGGCGAUCGUGAUCGCUGCGUGCGAGAUACACAACGUCUACGUGACCAGAACGCAGCGCUUGAGACUGCGUUGCAGCGCUACGACCCGUACAUCGAUUCUCAUAGCCAAACGCAGCUCCCGAGACGGCCGUCUCUCCCGUCCCGCUCCGGUAGUUUUUGUAGAACAGACUCGUGCGAACGCUGUGCGUCUCGUGAGGUCGAAGUGACGCAACUGGAACAGCGCGCUGACGAGCUCAGACGCCGCUGUCUGGAGCUGGAACUCGCUCGAGAGCGUGAGCAACAACGUCAACGAGAACUCGCAGAGCAGAUCGAGCAACUGCAACAACGUAACAAGGAGCAACUUGUCGAGACUAGCCGUGCUCAACAGGAUCUCGAGUCUGUAACAACGCAGCUAGAGCUACAAUCCCAAGAGGUAGAACGCGUACACGCUGUACGAGACUCUUUACGUCGUACUACGCGACGUCUGGAAGCUGAGAACGAGGAGCUUCGAGAGCGUCUCGCAGCACGGGACGAGCUGGUUAUCAAGCUAGAGAACAGCAAAGCACGUGCAGCCACACAGCUACAAGUGGCAGAGAACCGCACAGCGAGUGCCCAAGCCGAGACACAGCGCGUGACGGAAGCUCUGGCGCAAUUACAGAAGCAGUUGGAGAGCAGAGGACGAGGCAAUAUGGAGCAUCUAUUAGAGGAUGCCACACGUGAAGUGACAGCUCUACGCUUAGAGAACAGGAUUCUACGUCGUCAGAGCUCGGUCGAGACGGGCUCCGACACCCGUGCAAGGAGACGCAAGACCUUGUGUACGAGCACUUCUGCUACGACUGCUGCUGACGUGUUGGCCCUUGGGAGGAGCUCAAGUAACAAAAGUGAUAGUGGCAGUGAGAUCGAAGCGAGCACAACGCCGCGUUCUCAGUUGCCACCGCUCGAGAUCGAAGGCAUCAAGAGUGCGAAUACAGAGGCUACAGAGCACAAAAGGCGGCGGAAAAUGUCGUUAGAGUUGGAUUGGGUCGAUAACGCUGCUACGUCUCGUGUCGAUGCGGCAGAGAGAAAGCCCAGAGCUUUGCCAGCUGAAGAUCAGCUUCGACAUACGCGAGUGAACGAUCACUGUGUGAUUAGUGGGGCGAUUGACUUCAAUAGCCCCGAUCUAAUCGACGAGCCAAUACCACGACGAGGACGCGAGUUGCCUAUCGAUGGACUGCGCAGAGAAGCUGUCGAAUCGCCCCCAAAGUCGCCACUGUACUUGGGUCUCUCUUUCAUCGCGUGCGCUACUGCAGCCACAGCCGCUGGUCUCUUAGUGCGACGGUAA